UGAAAUAUAUAUUUUGGUCCGAAUAAAACCAUAAUAUAUAAAUGCACCAUAAUCAAUUAAAUGCACCUGCAAACCAUUUUGUUUUGGACCCCAUGCAUUAAAAUCUCUCUCUCUCUCUCUCUCUCUCUCCUCUCUCUCUCUAGAGUGUCUCUCUCACCGAUCUUAUUGUUUACCUAUCACUUUCAUUUCUGCACAUAAAAACUGUAUUCUUAUGCUCUCAUACAUUUUCUGUUGCAAUAGUGAAAACAAUUUGUCUCUGAUCCGACCAAAUUGUAUGAGUUUAAUCCAACCCUACAGAGAUUGUUGUUACGUGCUAUAAAGAAUCAAUAAAUUGCAAAACUGGGCCUGCAUUUACUUCUUAUUAAUUCUGUGAGCCACCAGCUAGCCAGCCAGCUUUGAACAAAAAAAUGGAAAUAGAGGUGGCGGGUGGUGGUUUAGUAGAUGCUAGUGGCGGCGGAGAUAUAGAGACGGCGGCGCUGCCGCGGCGGAGCGGUGGUGAGGUGUACUUGGUUUGGGAGGAUUUGACGGUGGUGCUCCCGAAUUUCGGGCAUGGCGGCCCGACCAGGAAGCUGCUUCAUGGGCUUAACGGGUAUGCUGAACCGGGUCGGAUCAUGGCGAUUAUGGGCCCUUCCGGGUCUGGCAAGACCACCCUUCUUGAUGCCUUAGCCGGUAGAUUAUCGACAAAUGUUGUCAUGACCGGAAAUGUUCUUCUCAACGGGAAGAAGCGGCGGCUAGACUACGGCGUGGUUGCUUAUGUCACACAAGAGGACGUACUCUUGGGAACUCUCACAGUAAGAGAAACUCUAACUUACUCUGCCCAUUUGAGGCUCCCGAAUUCCACAUCUAAAGAAGAAAUCAAAGCCAUUGUAGAAGGAACUAUCUCCGAAAUGGGGCUUCAAGAAUGCUCCGAUCGACAGGUCGGGAAUUGGCAGUUGAGAGGGAUAAGUGGCGGAGAAAAGAAAAGACUGAGCAUUGCCCUCGAGAUUCUAAUACGGCCCCGUUUGUUGUUUCUUGACGAACCCACUAGCGGCCUUGAUAGUGCAGCCGCCUUUUUCGUGAUCCAAUCCAUCAAGAAUCUUGCUCGGGAUGGAAGAACCGUCAUCUCUUCGGUUCAUCAGCCUAGUGGCGAAGUGUUUGCUCUGUUUGACGAUCUUUAUUUACUAUCGGGCGGAGAAAUUGUUUACUUUGGUGAAGCUAAGAUGGCUAUAAAGUUUUUUGCGGAAGCAGGGUUCCCCUGUCCGAAUAGAAGGAAUCCUUCGGAUCAUUUCUUGCGUUGCAUUAACUCGGACUUCGAUCUUGUCACUGCUACAUUAAGAGGCUCACAAAGACUCCGUGAAACAGAGAAAACAUCAGACCCUUUGCUGAAUUUGGCGACGGCAGAUAUCAAAUCAGCUCUCAUUGAAAAAUAUAAGCAGUCAGAGUAUGCAAAGAACGCAAGAUUGAGGAAGCGAGAGAUCUCCGUUGUUCAAGAACUGAAUAUUAAGUCGAUAAAAGGAAGCCAAGCUAGUUGGUGGAAGCAGCUUACAACACUGACGCAACGAUCAUUCUUGAAUAUGUCUAGAGAUAUUGGAUAUUAUUGGUCCCGAAUAGUCAUAUACACCCUUGUUGCUUUAUGUGUUGGAUCUCUAUUCUACGAUGUUGGAACGAGUUAUACCGCGAUUUUGGCUCGGGGAGCUUGUGGUGGCUUUGUGACGGGAUUUAUGACUUUUAUGUCCAUUGGUGGAUUCCCAUCCUUUAUCGAGGAAAUGAAGGUGUUUUAUAAGGAAAGGCUAAAUGGUUAUUAUGGGGUGGCUGUGUUUAUAUUAUCGAACUUCGUGUCUUCAUUCCCGUUCUUGGUGGCAAUAUCGGUUAUUACCGGGACUAUAACUUAUUACAUGGUGAAAUUCCGGACUGAGUUUUCGCAUUACGUGUUCUUUUGCCUUAAUAUAUUCGGAUGCAUUGCUAUGGUGGAGAGUGUUAUGAUGAUCGUAGCUUCGUUAGUUCCUAAUUUCUUGAUGGGAAUCAUAGCUGGUGCUGGUGUUCUUGGUAUUAUGAUGAUGACUGCCGGUUUCUUCCGGUUGCUUCCAGAUCUUCCCAAGGCUUUUUGGCGCUAUCCCGUUUCCUUCAUUGGAUAUGGUUCAUGGUCAUUACAGGGAGGAUACAAGAACGACAUGCUUGGGCUGGUGUUCGACUCCGACCCAAUGAGCGGUCAAACAAAAGUAACGGGCGAAUAUGUCUUAACACACUUGUUCGGGGUGUCGUUAGAUCAUUCGAAGUGGUGGGAUUUAUUCGCACUCUACGUACUCGUCAUUGUCUACAGAAUCGUGUUCUUCCUUAUUCUCAAGUUGAAGGAGAGAGCCACCCCGUAUUUCCAUUCACUCUACGCAACGAGAACCCUGCAUCGCCUCAAAAUGCAGCCUUCGUUGCAGAAAUUACCGUCUCGCCCUUCCAAGAGGCACCAUAAUCUCCGCUCGCUCUCUUCGCAGGAAGGUCUUACCUCUCCAAUUCCUUAACCAAAACAUAAUUAUUUUUAAACCUUCUUUCUUUUAUAGAAUGUAAUAAUAAUAUUGUAAUAGCGUCCCCAAAACUUUUAAAUAUUUACGGAAAAGGUCCUGAAACGUUUACGACAGGUGUAAUGGCAUUUUUCGGUUUCCGAAACGUGGGCCUAAUACUGACAAUCCAAACAGGCUGUAAUUCCCACCAAAGUGAUAGAAUCGGAAUUACAAUUUCUAGUUUCAUAGAUUGGAUAAAUAAAAAUUGGAAAACGAUUAAAUAAAAUUCAUAGAUUAGAUAUUAA